AUGUUGCAGCUCCCCAGCCAGACGCUCCAGCAGGUCGGCCCACCCAAGGCGCCCCCUCCUUUGGCAGUCCUCCCUCCUGUGCAGGACGCCAAACUCAAGACGAAGCUCCUCGGCAGUCUCACAUUUGCUGCCUUGGAUCUGAAGAAACGCGUCGACCACCGUCUUGGUGCGAACCAAGUGGUCCACGACGCUGGUGCUGGGGGCAACUGUUUCUACCACAGUGUCGCCCAUGGUCUCUUUGGCGACGCCAACCUGCACAUCGCCAUCCGCCAAGCUUGCCAGACCGUUCUUCCCAAGGUCCGUGGAUACCUGGAGCAAAACAACCAGGGAAUCUACGAGUACCUUGACGAACAAGGCAACAAUCAACAGUGCUCCUUCGAGGAGUAUGUUGCUGCCACUGGCAAGGUCGGCAUCUUUGGUGGCGAGACCGAGGUGGUGGCGGUCAUGGCCGCGUAUGGUUGCAACAUCACCAUCCUUGCUUCCAACGCAGCAAACGACCCACCCGUGUACAAGGCGGCCGACAUGGCCAACUUCUACACCCCACCCGCGCCGACCAGGGAGAUCGUCCUUGGAUACUCGGGCGCCCACUACGUCUGUGUGUGCACCACAGCAUGCCAAGGCGGCGACCUCCCCAACUCGCCACAGCAUGUCAAGGUUCCACCCACAACGAGCUCCAUGCCCUCAAGUAUCCCCCCGGCCCCCAUUCCCUCCAGGCCAACACUGGCGGUUCCGCCUCCUCCGCCGCUCGCCCCGUUGCCUGUUCUCGCAGGCUUUAGUGUCAACAGACAGGCAACCGGCAAGGUCACUUUUGCCCCCCUCGACCUCAGCAAAAGGGUCAACCGCAUUCUCGCCGCUCGUGUGUUUACACAAGCCACACUCGAGCAGGCGGAGGCGGAUUUCCGCGUCCUCGCCACCUAUUUUGAGCGAGAACAGCCGACGGACCUGCUGGCGGAGCUCGACGCCCGCCAAAAGACUGGUGGCACCCGCGGCCCUGGCGAGAGGCAGAGGGCCGUGUACAACGCUCUUGCCCAUUCGCUUUCGCAGAUGACAACGCGCAACCCGCAUGCAUCUGCGACCGCAACCAAGAGUGCUGGAAGCUCGGCCGCCCUAGUCCAUGGCAAGAAGCUCAAGAUGGCCUACCAGAGCAUCCUCGCCAUGGACGGUGUCGCGGACAGGGGCGACGCUACCAUCAGUGUCAUCCAGCCAGUGUCCGCCUCGGGCGCAGCCAUGCCCAUCGUCAACGUCUACAAGAACAUUACACAGCUUCAAGUAGACGACGGCGACCACGGCAGACAGCUGCUCAUGGACAUCCAGUCAAUUCUGGACAAGUCGAAGCGUGAAAGGGUUGCCCCGAAGGCAGCUCGCAAGGUGGCGAAGGCUGCCAUUGCGGCCGCCAACCCAUCCGCCGAGGCGCCGAGGCAGGACAUCAUCAACUAUCUCACCUCCAGAUUUGUCUCAGAGGUGAUGAUCCACUUGCGCUGGAGCCGCACCAAAUACAUCAAGGCUGGAGCUGCAUGGCAGCAAUUGGCAUACAGCAACAAGACCCAUACGCAGCUUCUCCUUAUCCUCAUUGCGCCAUGGGUGCAGCACGACCCUCACUACCUCUUCGUGGCGGGUGUUAUUCCUAACACCAAGCCUGCCUUUCACAAGUCUGGCCACGUGAAUUAUUUCAAGUACGCUAGGUCGCCAAGCCCAACCACAAACGACAUGGUCUCGGGCGAUCGCAUCACGAAGGAGGUCAAGGACUGGUUCAAAGAGGUGCCCCGUUUCCUCUCCAGCUCCCAACCAGGAUGGGUGCAGAAGACGGCGGACUUUGUCGGCCAACAACUUGGCGUCAAGAUCAAGACUCGACUGUCGGCAGGCGGCGAAAGGUUUCACCAGAGCGGUGUUUGUCUGUCGGGUAUUGAAAGUCGGCGCAAGCUCGAACAGUACGGCCUUCGCGCGCCCGACGCCACCCUCGAUGUCAAGUACUACACCGUGUUCGACCGCACUGCAACCAUUGGCGAAGAAAAGACUAGGCGUCCCGCUAUUUGCGAGUUUGGUCUCGCCCUAGACUUCCACAAUCCGACCACCACCACCAUGCUUACCCCCGGUGUCGGUAUCAGGAAGUUCACGGAUGGCGACAACGGCACCGUCAAGGUGCCCCUGGACGAGCACAAAUGCCACCUCCUCUGCCGUCAAGGUGCAAAUCUGGCGGAGGAGAUUUUGGCGUACAAGCUGUCGUCACAGGACGUCACCUUUGACGAGGUUGGCCUGGAAGUCGCCCACACGUUUGGCUUUCAAGGCGAGCCGGUCGAGGACCUCCUGGGCAUCAUGUCCGAACACCCGCGCCAGAGGUCGACAUGGAGGUGGAUGGUUGCUGUUGUUCUUUGGAAUGUCAAGUUCCGCACUCUCGAGGUCGCCACCUCUUUCACCAUUUCCAUUCAGCCGCCUGACCUCCAACGUCCAGACGUUGCGUCACUUGUGCUGCAGGCGGUCAACCCCAAGAUCACCAACCGCCUUCGGAUUGUCAAGGACCUGUUCGAUAUCAUCUACCACAGGCAGACCAGGGCGGUCAAGGGGGAGAUCGACAGAAGGACACGCAACACGGUCCUCUGUCAAGCCUGCACGUCAUUUUUUGGCGAGCUGACGGGCGGUUCGUGGCCAAAGGGUCGAGACCGCAAGAACCAGACCCUUCUGGUUAGUUGGCUCAAAGACAGCCGACUGUCGCGGUACUACCGAACUCUACCGGCCAUCGUUCGCGGCGAAGAUUGGACUCUAGUGGCUUCGUCUGGCACCAUCCCGCUCAAUCAGGGACAGGUGCCCAACGUGGCGAAAGCUGGCACCAGUCACCAGCAAAGCGUACUCGCCUUUGCUCAAACUGCACAGACCGCCGCUCCCCCUCCUCCCCUUCCACCACCACCACCACCACCACCACCACCACCACCACCACCACCACCACCACCACCACCGGCGCCGCCCUCUCUUCCUCAAGCUCCAGCGCAAGGAGCAGCUGUUCCUCAGGCAGGCGGAGUGGCCCACAUCUUAGACGGACUGGUAGUUCCGACCUCCGCCCCGAGCCUUGACGAACUCGAAAAAACAUUGGCAACGGCCGAGAAGGAAGCCCAAUAUUGGUUCGAAUCGACGGGACAGAUCCCUCCUAACUUUAGACAACGCAUGCACGACAUUCUUGACAGCCGCGGCAAGGCUGUUAGUAUCGCCAAGAAGCUCAGGCAGAGGGUGGAAGCACCCUCCACUCUCUAG